AUGAGUCCUCCCGGGAAACCGAGCUCUGGCGAUGUUUACCUGGGCGCCCUCGCCAUCGGACAGGCCAUUUCGCCCAUCGGUAACGGAGACAACAGCAACAGCAUAUCUCAGGAAUGGACCAUCCCAGCAGGAGUCUACACCCCCCAGCAACUCGUCCACCGCCUCUCUCCCCUCCUCGACAUAGUGGUCCACCGUCUGGGCCCAGACCCCCCCAACACCUCCGCCCGCGCCCUCCUACUCGACACCAUCGCAGCGACCCUGUCAACAGACCGCCGCGAAUCCGCACUGCAUUUCUCACCCGAGAUCCUCAACACCUCUCGCCGCGAGAUCAUGCACCAGGCGCACCGGAUCGGAGCCAAGCUCGUUAGCUGGGCAGACCAACACCGCGGCACACCCUCGGAUACCGUCGAGAUCCGCAGCCCCUGCGAGAGCCACCAGCUCAUCCCACUCCGCGUCGAGCUGCUCUUCAGCCGGCGAAGCCAGCCGCAGCUGCUGCAGUUGUUCGAGGAGUACUCGCAUCAAAUGGUCCUGCUGCGGGACGCGCUCCUCCCGUUUGAGAAUUUCGAGCAAACCCCCAUCCCCAUUCCUGGGAACGGGACCCGGGACCGGGAUCGCGGACUCAGAUACCUCGAGGCGCCGCGGAGGGGGUUCCUCGUCGGUCUCUUCACGAAAGAGGUCGCGCAGGCGUCUGUCGUGGCAUUUGCGAGGGCGGUGCUUGCGCCGCGGUUGCCGGUUCCCAGGACUGGGGGGUAUGGGUUCCAGUAUAAGCAGGGGCUGGUGAUACCGGCUGUGCUGGCCGGGUCCGAGACCGUGCAUCUGCUACGAUAUGUAGCCGCUUUAGUCUGCGAAGCCGAGGAGGUGCUGUUUGACUAUCAGUUUGAGGAUUCCGAUGCCGCGCCGCGGGUGGAGGUGGCGGGUACAGCGGAGUGGGCGGGAAUUCCGCCGGCGACCGGCGAGGUGAAGAGGGCUGGGUUGGUGGUUGGUCCGGUGAGGGGCUUGAUUGCCGAAUUGCAUUUGCGACUGGAGAUGGGUGGUGGAGGACUGGUGGCUGUGGAUGUCGGGCAGAUCGCCCGUGGACAUCGCCAUGCGUAUCGUGUCCGGCCAUCGGGUGCAGGACGGGCACCCCAAGCUUUCGUCCAUCAAGCAUUUGAUAUCCUGCAACACCCGGGGAUCGGGCUGGUGACGGCUUCAGGAGGAAUUCAUGUCAUUCCUGUGGCUGAUCGACUGGUGGCGUUGGCGCUGUUGGGCAGAUUGUACCCGGGAAAUGUUGCGUUGCUGCCGGGGGAUGGGAAUCUCGCAGAUAUAAACAUGGACAAGAGGAUCGAGCCCAGGUUUGUCUUAUGGAUAGCAUCACAAUGA